AUUAACACGUUUUUCGUAAAAAAGUUACAAUAUCACGAAUAACAAAUCGUUAUCUGAUUCUCGAAUUGAAAGUUUAUAAUUUUAAACAAGUAUAUCUCUCACUUUCUUUGAACGAAAAGAUUCUUGCAAGAAGAACAUUACGAUCUACUCUCGUUUCCUCUUAUCGUUGAUUAUGUAAGAUGUUCGCGUUAAUCGAUCAACCAAAGAUUGACCUUCGUCAAAUAAUGUCUACUAAUACAAUUACCCGAUCGGUCGAGAUCGGACUUCGGGCCGUCGGCAUCUGGCCAGGUGUGCCCUACGUGUUCGUCAACCGACUUUUCUGGACCACGAUGAUGAUAACCGUGCAGAUCUUUCAGUAUCGUUACGUAGUGAUGCAUCUUAACUCCGAUGACAUCUCACUGCUGAUGGAUAGCCUAAGUUCAUGCUUGACGUUCAGUCUGUUGUGUGUCAAGUUAAUUGUUUUCUGGACGAAACAACGAAUAUUCAGCGACGUGUUAACAAGCAUCGCGACGGACUGGGAGGAAUGCGGGGACGCCUCGUACAGCAUGAGUAGCGUGGCCAAUCUGUCGCAUCGUUUCUCCAAUUUGAUUAUCGGCCUGCACUCGUCGGCCGUGCUGUUCUACUGCAUCGGCGUCGUCGCCCUGCGCAGCGACGACGCCGCUGAUCCUGCCAAUCGUGAACUUAUCGUCAAGAUAGAUUUACCUUUUGAGAGUGGCACGUCGCCAAUGUACGAGGUCGUCAUGACCACGCAAUUCCUGCAAGUGAUAACGGCCGCCGGCGUGAUCGGUGUGUUCAACGCGCUGCUCGUUACGCUGGUGCUCCAUGUGGGCGGUCAAAUAGACAUUUUGCGGAAAAAAAUAUUGGAAAUUUUACCGAAGAAAAAGAAGUCAACUGUUUCCACGAUUUCAAUAGGCUCGUUAAUUCGAAGACAUCAAAAUAUCAUUGUUUUUACCGGAAAAAUUGAAAGCCUGUACUCGUACAUCGCCCUAGGCCAAUUCUUAUCGAACACUCUCGUUAUUUGCUCCUUGGGCUUUGUCAUCGUUAAAUCGAUCGGCGCCGAUCAAGGCUCUUCUAUGUUAGUGAGAUCUCUUUUGUUUUACGUCGUCACUAAUAUGGAAGCGUUUAUCUUCUGUUUCGCCGGCGAAUAUCUAAGUGGUAAGAGUCAGAUGAUCGGCGACGCGGCAUAUGAAUCUCUGUGGUACGAUUUAACUCCGAGCGAGAAUCGAAUUCUGCUCUUCCUGAUAAUGAGAUCACAAAAACAAUUGGCGAUCACCAUAGGCAGAUUCACAAAUCUCUCUUUGUAUCAGUUCUCAAACAUUAUUAAAUCGUCAGCGUCAUACGUUUCUGUGCUACGUAUUUUAACGGUAUGAUUAUAGC